AUGGAACAAGCAGAACGGACUGUUCGGUCGGAUUACUGUUGCCAUCUCAUGGUUCCAGGCAAAAAACAAGCGGCUCCUGUGUCGCUGGUAGCCAAAACCUAUCGAGAAGCGCUGCCGGCACUGGCCUGGUUAAUGGAACACAUCACGGGGCAACAGAUGUCAGGAAGAGUCCACCGUAAUGUAAAAGACGACCGGGACCAAGUACUGGAAGGAACCUUUCCAAACGACCCUGCCGGAGAUGAUGGUCUGCCAUUGCCCUAUUGGCUGUUCCAAAGCACGGGUUGGUCAGUGCUUGCUUGCAGUCUGAUUCCUGCAGGCGGUGACAAUCAGAAUCCCUCAGAGGGUCAAGAUAGAGCCGUGGUAUUACAAACAUCCAUUGACAACCUCGUCUUCAGGCUCGGAAAAGAGGCUAUUGGCAAUCUGGAUAUCUUCGUGGAUCCUUACGGCGAGUAUUCGUUUGCGGUCGGAGACCCCAAUCAAGCAGAAACGGUACGCCAGGAGACCACCACUGCCUUUCAGAAAAACAAUGCUCACACAGACGAGGCACCUGCAAACCCGUGA